AUGGGUCUCUUUGGACGCAAGAAGGACGAGGCCGCGUCUGCCGCUGAGACGCCCGUCUCUCCGGUGGUAGACACCUCCUCCUCGCCCGAGAAGAACGCCGUCGUCACGACCAGCCCGCCACCCCCGGCCUACGAGCACACGGACAUCAUCGGCGAAAAGUCGCCCGGUGUCGUCCGCAUCGAGGCCCUCACCGCCGCCAUCACCCGCACCGAUCGCAUCUUCAUCUUCUUCGGCGUCUUCCUCGUCGCCUACGCCUACGGCCUCGACGGCACCCUCCGCUACGCCUACCAGCCCACCGCCACCAACAGCUACGCCACCCACUCGCUGCUCGCCACCGUCAACGUCCUGCGCUCCGUCAUCGCCGCCGCCGCCCAGCCCACCUCGGCCAAGAUCGCCGACGUCUUCGGCCGCGUCGAGCUCGUCUGCGUCUCCGUCCUCUUCUACGUCGUCGGCACCAUCGUCGAGACCUGUGCCACCGGCGUCAAGGCCUUCGCCGCCGGCGCCGUCAUCUACCAGAUCGGCUACACCAUGAUCAUGCUGCUCGUCGAGGUCAUCAUCGCCGAUAUCACCUCCACCCGCGCCCGCCUGCUCUUCAGCUACAUCCCCGCCCUGCCCUUCAUCAUCAACACCUGGGUCAGCGGCAACAUCUCCGCCGCCGUCCUCACCAACAGCUCGUGGCAGUGGGGCAUCGGCAUGUGGUGCAUCAUCUACCCGGUCUGCGCCCUGCCCCUCAUCGUCAGCCUGUCCAUCGUCGGCCGCCGCGCCCGGAAGCAAGGCCUGCUCAACUCGUACACCUCGCCCUUCCGCGCCCUCGGCUUCAAGAAGUUCCUCGUCGAGCUCUUCUGGCAGCUCGACGUCAUCGGCAUCAUCCUCGUCAUCGCCAUCUUCGCCCUCAUCCUCGUGCCCUUCACCAUCGCCGGCGGCUUCACCUCGUCCUGGCACGAGGCCCACAUCAUCGCGCCCCUCGUCAUCGGCAUCCUGUGCAUCCCCGCCUUCAUCCUCUGGGAGCGCAAGGCCAAGCACCCGCUCGUCCCCUUCUACCUCAUGAGAGACCGUGGCAUCCUCGCCCCUCUCGGCAUCGCCCUGGGCCUCAACUGGGCCUGGUACAUGCAGGGCGACUACCUGUACACCGUCUGCCUCGUCGCCUUUGACUUUAGCGUCACCGAGGCCACCCGCAUCACGUCCCUGUACUCCUUCUGCAGCGUCAUCACCGGCUUCAUCCUCGGCUUCAUCGUCUUCAAGGUCCGCCGCCUCAAGUACUUCAUCGUCGCCGGCACCAUGCUCUUCAUGGUCGCCUUCGGCCUGCUGAUCCACUACCGAGGUUCGCCCUCCGGCCAGGGUGGCGUCAUCGGCGCCCAGGUCCUUCUCGGUAUCGCCGGCGGCAUGUUCCCGUACCCUGCCCAGGCCUCCCUACAGACCAGCCUCAAGCACGAGCACCUCGCCAUCAUGACCGGCCUGUAUCUCGCCACGUACAACAUCGGCUCGGCCUUUGGCAACACCGUCUCGGGCGCCAUCUGGACCCAGGUCCUGCCCUCGACCCUGCGGGAGAACCUGGCGCAGUUCAACAACGAGACCCUCAUCACCUACACCUACGGCCAGCCGCUGUUCGCCAUCAUCGACUACCCCGUCGGCACCCCUGAGCGCGCUGCCAUCAUCGAGUCCUACAGGCACGUCCAGCGGCUGCUCACCAUCACCGGUAUCUGCCUGACGGUCCCCUUGAUCGCCUUCGCCUUCCUCCUGAGGAACCCCAAGUUGAACGACGAGCAGACCCUGGCUGUCGAGGACAACAAUCACAUUCGCACCGGUGAGGCCCACAGCGACGAGGUGGCCACCAAGAUCUAG